GAGGGGCGGCGGGCGGCGGCGAAAGAAACAACACCAAAUAGGAACAAUGUAAACAAAGCGGCCAUUCCACAGGCAAAUUACCAAAUUACCCGAUGAUGAAGUCAAUUGUUGUAUACAAUAAAAAUGUGUGUUGUUGCUGCUGCUCCGAUAUUCUUUUGUUUUCCUUUUUUCGAAAGUUUUUCUAGUUCGCCUGCUGUUUUUUUCGGCUUUUUUCUUUUUUCGGCUUUUCUCAAUAUUUUCUACGCUUGGCUGGCGGCGGCUGCCUUCGGGCCCACUUUUUGGGUGGGAACAAUGUGGCUGUGUGAACGCGGAGAAUUCAGUUUUAGUACAAAUUCGGCGCAGGAGCGAGCAACGCGCCCUCUUGCCGACCACAAAGUGCCACGCCACGCCACGCCACGCGAUGUUCCCGCCCGGCCAGAGUCCGCUCCCGAUCGCGCUGCCGCUGCCGCUGCCGCUGCCAGUUCCGGAUCCCCUUGCCAUCGGCCAGGACCCGGGAGCUCCUCCCCCGGCGGAGGAGGGUCUGGACCUGGACGGGGACCUGGCUCUGAAUCUGAACAUGAAUCUCGAGGGGGGGCGGCAGGUGCUCUUCGAGGGCUACUCGGACGAGCUGCUGACCAUCGCCUGGGUGGCCUGCAUCGUGUUCAUCAUCGUGGGCGUGCCCGGCAACCUCCUGACCAUCGUGGCCCUCUCGCGGGGCCGCCAGACACGCAACUCCACGGCCAUAUUCAUCAUCAACCUCUCCUGCUCGGACCUGCUCUUCGGCUGCUUCAACCUGCCCCUGGCCGCCUCCACCUUCAUGGAGCGGGCCUGGACACACAGCGAUCUGCUGUGCAGGCUGUUCCCGAUGCUGCGGUACGGCCUGCUGGCGGUGUCCCUGCUCUCCGUGUCGCUGAUCACCAUCAACCGGUACAUCAUCAUCGCCCAUCCGAGGCAGUAUCCCAGGAUCUACCAGCGACGAUACUUGGCGCUGAUGGUGGCCGGCACCUGGGUGACCACCUUCUCCAUCAUGAUACCCACCUGGCGGGGCGUGUGGGGCAUAUUUGGGCUGGACGCCAGCAUUGGAUCCUGCUCCAUCCUGCAUGACCAGUGGGGCAGGUCGCCCAAGGAGUUCCUCUUCAUCGCCGCCUUCAUGGUGCCGUGCAUCUGCAUCGUGAUCUGCUAUGCCCGGAUCUUCCUGCUGGUGCGACAGGCGGCCAUUCGGGCGGGCACCGCUGGCAAGAGCAAUGUCAGCGAUGUGACCCCCAGUUCAACCACCCUGCACCAGCACCCGGCCCAAGCUCCAGCAAUGGCCCUGCCGAAGAGACCGGAGAAGGCGAGCACGUCCAGCGGCGAGGCCCCGGAGGCGAGCCAAGGACGACCCUUUGCGGUGGACGAGCAGCUGGCGUACAUCGAUGACAACGCCUCGGCGGACAGUCUACCCAUUUCGUACAGCAUCAGGAGGAGGGACCAAGAACAGCAGCAGCAGCACCACCAGACCCCGGUGGAUGCGAAUGUGGUGCUCAAGGAACGGGAGCAGCAGAAGAUCAGCCUGGGACGCAGUCAGACGCAACUGGAGAUGGCCAAGAUGUCUGGAAAGAACCCCAUCACCACCUCGCUGCGCACCUCCUUCACGCGGUUCAGUCCGCGGAAAUCGCACUACGCCUCCAUGGCCAACACCUCGAACGCCUCCUCCAUUUACCCGGGCAGAAUGAGUGCCAAGGACCGUCGGCUGCUAAAGAUGAUACUGGUGAUCUUCGUGUGGUUCGUCAUCUGCUACCUGCCCAUCACGGUGGCCAAAAUAUGGAAAAGCGCCACCGAGGUGCACUGGUUCAACAUCGCCGGCUACCUGCUCAUCUACCUGACCACCUGCAUCAAUCCGCUGAUCUACGUCCUGAUGAGCUCCGAGUACCGGAGAGCCUACCGCAACCUGCUGCGCUGCCGCGGCUCUCCCGAUCCGCACGCCCAGCGGAACAAUGCCCACCCCGCCAAUGCCAAGCGAAAGCACCUGGAGUCCAAUCGCCAGGUGAAGGCCACGACGUGAUUUGCCACCCCAACAUCCACGCCAUUGCCGUCUUCGUCCUCCGUCCCAGCAGGAUAUGAACUUGAUGUGUGCCAUUCUAUGCCUACGUACAUGAUGAGGGCCCCGAACUUCAGGUUCAGCGAUCUGUGGUAAGAAACUGUGCACACUUAUAACGAUCCCACAUCCCUUGGUGAUCCUCGUGCCUCCAAACGCGUCUCCUAGUCAGGUCGUCGGAUCACCCGUCUUCAUCCAUAUCUAUGUAAUGUAGGAACUCCAGAAGUGAAUUGCAUUUUAUACCAAAUGACUUUAAUAUCUGGUUUACAUUUGAAUUCCAUGUUUAAGAACAAUCGAUGUUUUAGUUUUGUUUUUUUUUUUCUGUUUUGCUUGUCGCUAAUUAUUGUACCAAUACAUAAUAGAUGCAUCCAUAUACGGAUGCACCCUAUCUAUGCCCCCAAUAAAUGCUUCGAAUAAUUGA